GCGUACUGAUGUCAACUGAUUCUUAAAAGAAAUUAUAAAAGUUACUGGGUGAACGAUACUUCUGAUUCUUCUAAUAACGAUAUAUUAUUGUAAAAUUUCUACACCUAAAUUCACCGAAUAAUCUCUAAUUUGACAAUCGACCAUGGAAUACGUGGGCUUCAAUGAAUCGGUCCCAGAUGAGGUCUAUUUACAGUGUCUCGAAGGACUUGACGAGAUUUUGAGCGAAGUGAUUUGGAUACCAUCAGUUAUGGCACCGGCUUCUACCCAGGAAUUCCACGUAAUGAAGGAAUGCCUUGCCAUUUUCAAUAAAAUCACAACGGUUGAUGAAACAUUUGCUAAAUUAGUGGAACAAUGCGCAGAAGUGAUCGACGUGGAGAGUGCGGAACAAGCGCGUGAGGUGGCUGCGAUGUAUUUUGAAAAGGUCAUGGGUGAACCAGUGUUUCUGAAUUCUUACGUUCAGUUUACUGUUGAUUUGGCGAAUCGCACGGAAGUGUUUAAGAAAGCAAUUAUCACUGAAUGUCAAAUGCAGUUUGAGAGAAACGUGAAAAAUUUCGACUUAAAUCGACAAUUGCAGCUACUUUUACAGAAGAUCGAUGAGGCAAAAAAUUCGAUAGAAAAAGACGAACAGCAAUACCUCUACGACGAAGAAAAGCGGAAACUGACUCAAAACUCGAUUAAGAUAAUUCGCUUCAUUGGAGAAUUGUUCAACCACGGAAUGCUGACCCCAAAAAUAAUUAUCUUUUGUGCCAGUGCAUUAUUAGACCAAAAUUCUGAGCCAAAGCUCGAGUGUCUCUGCAAUUUACUAACAACAGUUGCACCACGUUUAAAGAACGUCAAACCGAUCAAACAUUCAGAUCUCGACAAUUUCUUCAAAACGUUGCUGGAAAUUGCGAGAAAUCAGAAUGUUAAAAUCAGCAGUCGUGUACGGCGCCUCAUGCUGGAUGUAAGCGAUCCGCAACGAAACAAUUGGCUUCGUGGAGAAGAAACCAGAGAAACUGUCAAUCCGAUGAAGUCACCAAAGAAUCAGAGAAGUCGUAACAGAAGACGGCGUAACUCUACACCUGAUCGAAAUUGUAACAAUAGCUCAGCAAGAAGUAGUCGCAAGAAACCAGCAUAUUCUCCCAAUGUAAAAUCAAAUCAUUCAGUGAGCCUCGAAGAGAUUUCGAACCGUAUCAAACAUUUGCUGAAGAAUGAGAUUGAUGUGGGUACCAUUCAAAAGUUCGUCACCAAUAACCUUGCCAGCUGCGACGACGCGGAUUAUAUUCGUGCAAUAUUAAGAACAACCGUCGAAUGUCUGAUGCAAGAGGAAACCCUAAAGUUGCGGGGAAAUAAGGAGGCAGCGUCGAUUUUACGCACGUUCUUCGAAUUACUAGAAAAAUAGUUGAGUCGAUGCUAAGUAAGUGUAGCCAACAUGUUAAUGUAGCAUUGACAUCUAAAUAAGUUUAUUUACUUCUCUGAUUGAAUUGAUUGAUUUUAAUUGAUUUUUUUAGGACUUUCAUCUCUUCUAAGACAUUGCU